AUGGUCUGGGUAGUCUCAUCGGCAUUUCUACCUUUUACCCACAGACGCAAAGUGCAGGAGAUCAAUUGGCAGCGCAAACAAGAGCAGAUGGUGGCGGGCGAGACACUGACCCAACUGGAGGAAGAGUGGGUCUCCCUUGUGGGCAAGAACUAUGAAAUAGAGCAGGCCAUCUUGGAAUUGGAGCAGGAGCUGCAGGUCUCUGCGCAUCCAUCACUGAACGAGGAUGCCAAGGAACCCUAG